UUAUAAGUGAGCUUAGUUCCACUGUACUUCACGUAGAAGUACAGAGCGCCUGCGUUGAUUUUGUUUUGCCAAGUGCAGGGCAUUUCCGUUGUCCAGUUCAUCUUUUCCUUCAGCGGCGGCAGGCGACUCUUUGUUUGGGGUCGAGAAGCAUCCACAGUAGCCAAUCCUUAUCCUGUGGGCCUUUGGACAAAACUAAGGCAACUGACCCUGAACCCUCCCCUCCCUGCGUUGACACUGAACUUGCUCGGAGCCAAAAACAAUCCACCAUAAUGACCAGCAUGGGACGCUUUCGCAUGCUGAACCAGCGCAGCGAGGAGCUCGAACUGGAGGCGAAUGCAUCGCUACUGAAGUCAUCGCCCAACAUUUUGGAGAACUUUUCGUACGACGAUUUCCAACUACCGAAGGCACACAAGCACCUCAAGCGGAUGGCGACCUCUCCAAUGUCCACGCCUACCACCAGCUCCGGCUACGAAUCGGGCAGGUCCAAGGAGGUGGCAGAGCCCAAGUUCUGCGACACUCUGGAGCGGCACGCCUUUAUGCGGAAUGUGAUCAACCGGCAGCCGGAGAGCGUGCGCCGCUACUCGAGUCCGGGGGAGAAGGAGGCUCAGGUGCGGCGCAGCCUGGAGGAGAUCUCCAAGGACAUCAAGGAGAUCGAACAGUUUGUUACGGCCACAGAGCAAAUGAUGCAGCGCGAGAACGAGUUGGAGAAGGAGCAGGUUCAGGUGCAGAUCCAAGCGCAGAUCCGGCGAAGCGACAAGGAGAACAAGACCCCGAGUCCCGUCAAGCGGAUCACCUACAAGAUCAAUGCCUACAAGGCCCCGCAGCGUCGCCAGCGUCCAAACAGUCCCCGGUUCUAUCACUCCCGGCUGUACUUCCGUAACGGUAGAAUUGGCUGUGUGGACGCCGCCGAACAGCAGAGCAAUAUCGGAGCAACCCAUGCCCUGGUCAAGCACAUACUGAAGCACGAGAAGCCGCUGGUAAGUCCGGACAGUGUGAGACGCAUCCUGCAGCCGGACAACUUGGAGAUGACGCCCCUUCCGGGGAUGGUUCCCAUGCCAGUAUCCGAUCUGGUGGCAGUACAGCGAGCCGAAGAGCUGGCGGCGGCCACGGGACAGGUGGUAUUUCCACUGGAGUCGUGUGACCAGCCAGCAGACGAGUCCCAAGACAUCCAGGAAGAGGACGAAGACGAACAGGACGUGCAGAUCUGCUACAACGAGUCGCCGGAGCUGCAGAAUGAGGAUCACAAUGUGAGUCGCCUGCGUUCGCCCUCCAUCAACGAGAGCGAGAUCGUAGCCGUGUUGGAACCUGAAAAGGAUCGGGAGCAGGAGCAUCAUCGCAAGCCGAGCAGCGCCGGCAGCCUGGAUUCGCAGGGCCAGCAGUUCCUACGCGACCAGGUCCGCCACCUGGUGCGACGCUUUACGGCCCGCGCCAACAAGGUCAAGUCCCGGAUCGAGCUGCCGCCCACGCCCUCGUCCAGCAACGCCAGCUCGCCCUCGCCUCCGCCGACGGCCCUGCAUGCGAGCACCAAGAGCCUGCAUCCCUCGCCGGAGCACAAGGUGCGUCUGGUGCCGGCUGGUUCUUCGCCUCAUCGCGGACGCCUCUUUGAGGCGGACACUCCUCGCUCCAAUGUCUGGCUCUGCUCCAGCCUGUGCGGCGCCAACAACGACGAAAGGACGCUGGAUCCACAGGGGAAGAUCUACAUCUCCUGGCUGUGUGUGGUGUCGCUAUCCUUCCUCUACAACGCCUGGGUCAUACCGUUGCGCGCCUCAUUUCCCUUUCAGACGAAGGAGAACACCAACAUCUGGCUGGCCUGCGACUUCUGUGCGGACAUCGUCUAUCUGCUGGAUGUGGUCUUCUUUAAGCACCGAGUUAUGUACCUCUUCGAGGGCUUUUGGGUGAAGAACAAGAACCUCACGAGGAAAAACUACAUGCGGAAGCUACAGUUUAAGUUGGAUCUUCUGGCUUUGCUGCCCUUGGAGCUGUUCUACCUGAAGCUAGGAACGGGCGCAGUCUGGUUGCGCUUCCCUCGCUUCUUUAAGAUACAAAGCUUCUGGGAAGUGUUCCGUCUGCUGGAUCGGGUGAUAUCAUCGCCGCAUUUUGUUCGCGUGGCCAAAACCCUCACCUAUAUGCUCUAUAUGAUCCACAUCACAGCUGCCCUGUACUACGCCUACAGUGACUAUCAGGGCUUGGGCAAGAACCGCUGGGUCUUCAGUGGCAAGGGACACCCUUAUGUGCGGUGCUUUGCCUUUGCCACCAAGACGGCCACAUCGAUAGGAAAAAAUCCGAAGCCGGAACGCCAGGGGGAGUACGUCUUCAUGACGGUAGCCUGGCUGAUGGGCGUCUUUGUGUUCGCCCUGCUGAUCGGACAGAUACGGGACAUCAUAUCCACGGCCACCAGGAACAAGCACGAGUACCGUCAGCUGGAGGACGAGACGCUGGAGUACAUGCGACGUUUGAAUCUAUCCCAAGAGGUGCAGUCAAGGGUCAAGAUGUGGUUCCAGUUCACCUGGGAGCAGCAGCGUACUUUGGAUGAAUCCAAUAUACUUGAUGCGCUGCCCAUUAAUCUCAAAACAGACAUCGCCAUCUCCGUACACAUUCAGACCCUGUCCAAGGUUCAGCUUUUUGCCGAUUGCGAGGAGGCGUUGCUGAGGGAUCUGGUGUUGAAGCUGCGGGCGGUCACCUUUCUGCCCAAAGACUUUGUCUGCCGCAAAGGGGAGGUCGGCCGCGAGAUGUACAUUGUAAAGCUGGGCCAAGUCCAGGUAAUGGGCGGUCCCAACAGCGACGUGGUUCUGGCCACCCUCACCGAAGGUUCAGUGUUUGGAGAGAUCAGCUUGCUGGGCAUCAACGGAGCCGAUCGUCGCACGGCCGAUGUGCGAUCCAAGGGCUACUCUAAUUUGUUUGUGCUGUCCAAGUCGGACUUGAACGAGGUAAUUGCAUACUAUCCCAACGCGCAGGCCAUCCUGAAGAAGCGAGCCCGUCAGCUGAUGCGAAAGAAUGCAGCCCGGGAACGCGAGGAGGAGCGAGAGCGUGCCCAGAGUGCCCUGCAAGCGGAUGUGGUCAUUGGCAAUCCCAAGACUCCAGAGACACCACCAAAACUUCUCCAGACUGUCAUACAGGCUUUGCCGUUUGAAUCGCCUGCCGUGGUGCUCAUCACACGGGGCUCGAAGCGAAUGCGUCGUAAGGGUCAGUCCCUUCAAAUGGAGACCAUAAUGGAGCCGAAGCUUGAGGUAACAGGCGAUCCUGAAUUGCCAGGACAGAAGAGCGGGAACGGAGAGAAUAGGAGCACAAGGACAGGGCGCUGUUCACCAGAUUUGCUUUCCUCCAUACAGCAGGAACUGAAGUCCAAGCACAAGUUCAUCAAUCUCACCGACUCGGAGAAGGCUCUGAUCAACCACUCGGCCAACAACUCCAUGGAGAACAUGAAGGUGGUGGAUCUGUAAGGCGUGGCCAAUUAUAAAUGUCUAAUUGUUGUAACAAAAUAUUCUGCGAUAUAUAAACAAUGUGUGUAUAACAA